UCGAACAUUCCCAAGCCAAAUGCGUAUAAAUCCGAUCUGCAUUUUUGUAAAACUGGUUUUGCCACUUUGGGUUUAAAUCCGGAUCGUAGGGUUAUGUGUACCUCUAACGGUCUUACGUCACCCGACGCACACCAAUUCGUAAAACUCAAAGUUCAUCCCUUUCCCGACAUUCCCCCCCAAAUCUCCAUGUUUCUUCGUUUUCAAAUCGGGGGAGAAAGACAAGGACAAAAACGUUAUUGUUCUUCUUCCCACACACUACAAUUUACAGACUUCCAUUUGAUCGUCUUUUGUAUAUAGAUACACGCAUUUGUAUACAUAUUUAUACGUAUAUAUAAUUUGUUACAAUGUCGGAAGAGGAGAAGUUGCUGAAAGAUGCCAAGAAAUUGCCAUGGGAGGCUCGAUUGUUACACAAGAACUGGAAGGUGCGUAACGAUGCCAACAUUGACCUUGCCGCCCUCUGCGACUCUAUCACUGAUCCUAAAGAUAAUCGCAUCCGUGAAUUGGGACGUUACUUUAAGAAAACCAUUGCUGAUUCGAAUGCUCCUGUACAAGAUAAGGCGCUUGAUGCCCUAAUUGCUUACUUAAAAGCCGCGGAUGCUGAUGCUGGAAGGUAUGCCAAGGAAGUUUGUGAUGCAAUUGCGGCAAAAUGUCUUACUGGGAGGCCAAAAACAGUGGAGAAGGCACAAAUGGUGUUUAUGCUUUGGGUGGAAUUGGAGGCUGUGGAUGCAUUCCUUGAUGUUAUGGAGAAAGCGAUAAAAAACAAAGUUGCUAAAGCUGUUGUUCCUGCCAUAGAUGUGAUGUUUCAAGCUUUAAGUGAAUUUGGUUCAAAAGUUGUGCCACCAAAGAGAAUAUUGAAGAUGCUUCCGGAACUCUUUGAUCAUCAAGAUCAAAAUGUCCGUGCUUCAUCUAAAGGGUUAACACUUGAGCUUUGUCGUUGGAUUGGUAGAGACAAUGUUAAAUCCAUACUGUUUGAGAAAAUGCGGGAUACAAUGAAAAAAGAGUUGGAGGCUGAGCUUGUUAAUGCUACGGGGGCUGCAAAGCCUACACGGAAAAUAAGAUCUGAGCAAGACAAGGAAUUAGAACAGGAAGUUGUAGGCUCUGGCCCAGCUGGUGAAGAAUCUGCUGCCGAGAUUCCUGAGGAAAUUGAUGAGUAUGAACUUGUUGACCCUGUUGAUAUCUUAACACCAUUGGAGAAGUCAAAGUUUUGGAAAGAUGUGAAAUCUAGCAAAUGGUUGGAGCGGAAAAAUGCUGUUGAGGGAUUGAAUAAGCUUGCGUCGGCAAAGAGGAUUGCUCCUGGAGAUUUUAUAGAAGUAUGCCGUGCACUUAAGAAGCUUGUUAUGGAUGUAAAUCUUGCUGUAUCAGUAGAAGCAGUCCAGGCAAUUGGGAAUCUUGCAUCGGGCUUAAGAACACAUUUUUCUGCAAGUUCACGCUUCCUGUUGCCUAUUUUACUCGAAAAACUAAAAGAGAAAAAGCCUACCAUGGCCGAGGCACUCUCUCAUACUCUCAAAGCAAUGCACAAGGCUAAAUGUUUGACUCUUGCUGAUAUUGUUGAAGACGUUAAAACAGCUGUCAAAAAUAAAGUUCCACAUGUGCGUUCACUAACAUUGAAUUGGGUAGCAAAUUGUGUUGAAACGAGCAACAAGGCUACUAUUCUGAAAGUGCACAAGGACUAUGUUCCAAUUUGCAUGGAGUGUCUGAACGAUGGAACACCUGAAGUGAGGGAUGCUGCAUUUUCAGUUUUGGCAUCAAUAGGAAAGAUUGUUGGCAUGAGGCCUUUGGAGAAGUCAUUGGAAAAACUUGAUGAUAUCAGACGAAAGAAGCUCUCAGAAAUGAUUGGUAUUUCUGGAUCUGGUGCUUCAACUGUGGGACCCUCAGGUGGAACUGUAUCUUCUGCCCAGGCUUCUGAUGGAACUGUUGUUAAAAAGUCAGCUGCAAGCAUGCUUAGUGGGAAAAAUCCUGCUCCUGCUGCUCCUACCGGUAAGAAGGUGGCUUCGGGAAAAACAGGUGCUAGCAAGAAAGCAGAUGGACCAAGUCAAAGUCAAACCAAAACAUCUGGUCAACCUGAAGAUGUUGAGCCAGGUGAAAUGAGUCUUGAAGAGAUUGAAACUAGAUUAGAAUCUCUGAUUCAAGCACAAACUAUUGCUGAUUUGAAAAGCAAUGCAUGGCAAAAACGAUCUGAAGCACUUAAUUCAUUCAAACAAGAAGUUGAAGCACUCCAGCAACUUGACAAGUCAGUUGAGAUUUUAAUCCGUCUACUCUGUGUUGUUCCUGGUUGGAGUGAUAAACACAUAAAGGUCCAGCAACUGGUGAUUGAAGUUGUCAACCAUAUAGCUUCUACUGCAUCAAAGUUCUCAAAAAAGUGUGUUGUACUUUGCAUAGGAGGGCUUUAUGAAAGAUUGGCCGAUAUUAAGACACGCACUCAAGCUAUGAAAUGUCUAACAACUUUCUCUGAGGCGGUGGGCCCAGGUUUUAUUUUUGAAAGGAUGUUCAAGAUAAUGAAAGAGCAGAAGAACCCUAAGAUUAGUGAGGGACUGUUGUUGUGGAUGGUUUCUGCAGUUGAAGACUUUGGUGUCGCACAUCUUAAAUUGAAGGAUGUAAUUGAUUUUUGCAAAAAUAUUGGCUUACAAUCAAGUGCAUCUGCUACUAGAAAUGCUACCAUUAAACUUAUUGGUGCAUUACACAAAUUUGUUGGUCCUGAUAUUAAAGCAUUCUUUUCAGAUGUCAAGCCUUCCCUCCUUACUGCAGUUGAGGCAGAGUGUCAAAAAAAUCCAUUUGAGGGUGCAGGCACAAAACCAAAGAAGACUGUCAAGGCCUCAGAUGCUGCAUCAUCAUCAGUGUCUGGUGGUGGUUUGGAUGGUUUGCCACGUGAGGACAUUAGUUCAAAGAUACCACCAGCCUUUCUUAAAGAAUUCGAGAGUUCUAAUUGGAAAGUUCGUUUGCAAUCUAUUGAAGCAGUAAAUAAAAUCGUGGAAGAAGCCAACAAACGUAUUCAGCCUAAUGGAACUGUGGAAUUGUUUGGGGCUCUUCGAGGUCGGCUAUAUGACAGCAACAAAAAUAUAACCAUGGCUACUUUGACCUGUAUAAGUGGUCUUGCAUCUGCUAUGGGACCCGCAGUUGAUAAGUCAAGCAAGGGAAUUUUAUCAGAUGUUUUGAAAUGUCUCGGUGACAACAAAAAGCAAAUGAGAGAAUGUACAUUGGCAACUUUGGAUUCUUGGGUUGCUGUUACUCACCUCGAUAAAAUGAUACCAUAUAUUGCUACUUGUUUGACUGAUGCUAAACUUGGUGUCGAAGGACGGAAGGAUCUUUUUGAUUGGUUAUGUAGAAAACUUACAGGAUUAGCAGAGUUUCUUGAUGCCAUUAGUUUGCUGAGACCAGUUGCUAUUGCUAUGACGGACAAGUCCGUGGAUGUUCGUAAAGCAGCAGAAACAUUUUUUGGAGAACUAGUGAGAGUUUGUGGAGCGGAAAUGGUCAUGAAAAAUGUACAAGAUAUCCAAGGACCUGCUUUGACAAUUGUUCUUGAACGGUUGAAGUCAUAUGGUCCAAUUCUAGAAAUACAUGAUGCUACAAAAACAGGCUCAAGUUGGCAAGCAGUGAAAAAAAAGGUUGGAAAGUCUAAUGGCCAUGGAUCAAAACAUGGAAGCAAAGUUGUAUCUUCGAAAGUGGAUUCAACAAAGGACUCAAAGCCAGAACCUCAAGCUUUGCUAAAUGUCAAGGACUCUAAUAAGGAUAAACGGGAGAGAAGUGUGGCUCUUAGGUUUAAAUUUGAAGAGUUGCGAUUAGAGCAUAUUCAAGAUCUUGAGAAUGAUCUGAUGAAGUACUUGAGGGAGGAUUUGCACACACAGCUUUUGAGCACGGACUUCAAAAAACAAGUUGAUGGGAUUGAGAUGCUUCAGAAGGAACUUCCUUCAAUAACCAAGGAGAUAAUUGAAGUUUUAGAUAUACUAUUAAAGUGGUUUGUUUUGCGAAUCUGUGAAUCCAACACGUCUUGUCUACUUAAGGUACUGGAAUUCCUCCCAGAGCUAUUUGACACAUUGAGGAAUGAGAACUACACCAUGAAUGAAUCUGAAGCCUCCAUUCUUCUUCCUUGUUUGAUUGAAAAGAGUGGUCAUGAAAAUGAGAAAGUGCUAGAAAAAAUGCGGGAACUAAUGAAGCAGAUGAUAUAUUGUUAUUCUGCUUCUAAAACAUUCCCAUAUAUCAUGGAAGGUUUGCGUUCUAGAAAUAACAGAACAAGAACUGUGUGUGGUGACCUUGUUGGAUUUUUGCUCGAUAAUCAUUACGUUGAGAUAACCGAACAACUAAAAUCCCUCAAUACGGCUCUAGAUAUCGUUACAUAUUGCUCUCCUGAUGAGGCUGUGGAAGGUAUGAAAAUUUUAUGCCAAGAAUUGGAAACCGCAACCAAUGACCCCGAAGGCAAUUUAAUGGAUGAUUUAGCCAAAGAUGCUGACAGAAUUGUUUGUUGUUUAGCAUAUAAGGUGGCAAUCACUUUUGACUUCAGCUUGAUGGGUGAAUCUUCUAGGCCUUGUAAAUAUGUUCUUAACACACUCAUGCAGAUAUUUCAAAAUAAAAGACUUGCUCAUGUGGUCAGCGAGAGAACACUUGAGAAUCUGAUUACGAAGCUUUUGCUUUGGCUUUUAGAUGAAAGGGUUCCAAGGAUGGAUAAUGGUAGUCAACUUCUGAAAGCAUUAAAUGUUUUAGUGCUCAAGAUAUUGGAUACUGCAGAGCGGACUUUGUCAUUCGUGAUACUCAUUAGUCUCCUAAAACCACAAGGGGAUCCCUCAAAUGAGUCUUUUGCUACAAGAAGUAUCAACUUCUCUGAGUUGGUAGUCAAAUGCUUGAUCAAACUUACAAAGGCUCUUGAAAAUACCAUAGAUGAUGUCAACAUUGACCGCAUACUCCAAAGCAUUCAUGUAUACUUGGAAGAACUCGGGGUGGAAGAAAUCAGAAGGAGAGCGGGAACCGAGGAGAGGCCUUUCCGCAUGGUGAAAACUCUUUUAUAUGAGCUUGUAAAGCUUCGUGGGCCCGCAAUAAAAGAUAAUCUUUCUAUGGUCCCAAUAGAUAUGGAACCCCAACCUAUAAUACUUGCCUACAUUGAUCUUAAUCUUCAGAUCAGAAUGUUGAUGCCAGCUGGUCAAACUCCUUCGAUGCCCAAUAAUCCAAUGCCUACGGCUACCACACAUUCUGCAGAAUGCCAAAUUGAAGGUUGAUAUAUUUUCUUAACUUGAAAAUGAAAUUAAGUGAAGCUUUGUGGACAUACAUUUAUAAUCUCCAGG